CAUCACCCUCUUUCAUCAAUCCAUCAUCUACUUUUAAUUAAUUAAUUAAUUUAUUCAUAGUUUUCUUUUUCUCUAGCUAGUCCCAAUAAUCUUCAUCAACAUGAUGAUGAAGCACCAAAGCCGGAUCAAAAUUUCCCAACGAAUUUUGCUAAUACUAGUAACCGUCUUUCUCAUCCAUUCAACAAAAAUUCGGACUUCAGCGGAGGAAGUUGAGAAUGAGAGAGAGUUUGAUUACAUAAAAGGGAGUGAGAAGGGUCCUUCACAUUGGGGUGAAUUGAAUAAAGAAUGGGAAGCAUGCAAGAAUGGAGAAAUGCAAUCUCCCAUUGAUUUGUCAAAUAAAAGGGUGACUGUGGUUCCAAACUUGGGAGUUCUAAGGAAGAAUUAUAAACCUCACAAUGCCACUCUUGUUAAUAGAGGACAUGAUAUUUCGCUGAGAUGGAUUGGAGAUGCAGGGUCAAUAGACAUCAAUGGCACUCAAUUAUUUCUAAAACAAUGUCAUUGGCACUCACCUUCAGAACACACCAUCAAUGGCAGAAGGUAUGACAUGGAGCUUCACAUGGUUCAUGAAAGCCCAGAGUCAAAUGGAAAGACCAAGGUUGCUGUUGUUGGGCUUCUGUUCAAGAUUGGAAGGCCCAACCCUAUACUUUCUAAGUUGUCAAAUUACAUAAAAUCCUUAGUGGAUAAAGAAGAAGAAAAGAACAUAGGAGUGUUUGAUCCUUCAGAUAUCAAAUUUGGUGGCAAGAAAUAUUACAGAUACAUGGGUUCCCUCACUGUUCCUCCUUGUACUGAAGGUGUCAUUUGGACCAUUAACAAAAAGGUAGGAACUGUGUCUAGGGAGCAAAUCAAUUUACUAAGAGAGGCAGUCCAUGAUCAUGCAGAGAAGAAUGCCAGACCUACACAGCCACUGAAUGGAAGAGGAAUCCAAUUUUAUAACCCAAAACGCAAGGAAUAGAUUCACUACGUAAUUGAUUUGUAUAAACUAUUGUUCAUGUUGGCAUAUAUAUAAUUACUGUUGUAUUCAAGGGAUUAAUCAUUCAAUACAUUACUUGUAGAA